UUGGAUCCGUUUUAUCCGCGAGUUUCUCAUGAAGUGCGAGUGGGAGGAGAAUUUCCAGCAACGCAGGAUAUCAAAAAUAAACCCCCUCAUGUCCAGGGAAGAGCUGAAGUAUAAAUACCCCCGUUAUGUCCAAACUGCAGCGGUGCUGGUGAGUGGUACAACAAGAGUUAGCUUGGUUAGGGAAUUAGAAACGACAGCUCAGGCAGACUGAAAUUAAACACCAGACAUAGGCUACUUUGACCAAGACUGGCUUUACAGCACUAGAAAAUCACCUCUAAUCUGAGAAGAUUUUGAGAAAGUAUUGUUUCGAUUUGGGAAGACGCGUAACUCACCAGGCAUAAAGGAGAUAUUUUGUUUUAAAGUGUUUAUUUUUUACCACUCUUUAGUGCAGUUUCCAUUGCAGAAGAUGUGUACCACUGUGUGCUUUGUUAUUUUAAUCCUGUGCGUGGUCGACGCGGCACUUGCCACUGCGUUUGAAUCAGAGGAUGUUGUACCUGUUCGGAUAAACGGAAGAAUCCGUGGCCGCUUUUGGAAAAGAAGCGAGGAGCAGCCGAAGUUUGUCCUGAGUGCAUUUGGUAAGGACUUGACUCUGAAUCUCAUACCAGAUGCCAGCUUCAUCGCGCCUUCCUUCACCGUGCAGCGCAUAAAGGCGAGAGAUGUUGGCGCUUUACGCAGCGCUUCAGGUGCCCAACCUGUCUCGGGAGCGGACCGCCAUACACUCAUGAACCAGACAGAGGAGAGUGAGGGACAGAUAAGGAGCUGCUUUUACUCGGGGAUCGUUGACCAAGAUCAGAACUCGGUUGUGGCUGUGAGUUUGUGCUCCGGCAUCUCGGGCUCCUUUAUAACGGAGGGGGACGAAUAUUUAAUUCAGCCUAAACUUCGCGGCGGCCUGGGAUCAGACUCUGCCGAGCAGCUGCAUGUCAUCAAGAGGAGGACAUUCAACGAGAGCCGCGGUAUUCCCCUCUUGUUUGAACGCGCGACGGAGGAGAGCCGAGUGGAGAAGCACAGUGGGGAAAGUUUUACGCACGGCGACGGUGACGCACAGAGGGAACCUCGCCGGAGACGCUUUGUUUCCGCGCCAAGGUUCAUAGAGACUCUGGUGGUAGCAGACUCAACCAUGACCCACUUCUAUGGAGAUGAAAUAAAGCACUACAUUCUCACCUUGAUGUCCAUGGCAGCUCAGCUUUACAAGCACCCCAGCAUAAAGAACUCAGUGAACAUGGUGGUGGUGAAGAUGCUGGUGGUGGAGGACGAGGAGGUUGGGCCGAAUGUCUCCAACAACGGAGGCAUGGCUCUGCGCAACUUCUGUUCUUGGCAGCAGCUCUUCAACCCACCAAGCCAGAGGCAUCCAGAGCACUACGACACUGCCAUGCUGUUCACUAGAGAGGACAUCUGCGGACAGAAGAACUGCGACACGCUGGGCGUGGCCGAUGUCGGGACGAUGUGCGAUCCAAAGAGAAGCUGCUCAGUCAUAGAGGACAACGGCCUGCAAGCUGCCUUCACUGCCGCACACGAGUUAGGUCACGUGUUGAGUAUGCCCCACGACGACUCCAAGACGUGUGAGAGGCUGUUUGGGGAUCUGGGAGGGCAUUAUCUCAUGGCUCCGCUGUUUGUCAGCCUUAACAAGACUGCGCCUUGGUCUCCCUGCAGUGCUCUCUACAUCACUGAAUUCUUCGACAACGGUCAUGGGGACUGUCUGCUGGAUGUCCCGGAGAAUACCCUGCCCCUACCGAGAGAGCUGCCGGGCACGAAGUACAGCCUGGACCAGCAGUGCCAGCAGAUUUUUGGAGAGGAGUUCAUCCUUUGCCCCAACACCUCAGACAGCGACGUCUGCAGCCAGCUGUGGUGUCAGGAGGACGGGACGCAGCAGUGCUCCACCAAGAACGGCAGCCUGCCCUGGGCCGAUGGCACCCCCUGCAGCCCGAAUGGGACAUGCCUCAACGGAGCGUGCAGGUCAACCCUGGAGGUGACGCAGCCGCUGAUCGUUGUGGACGGCGGCUGGAGCUCGUGGGGACCGUGGCAGCAGUGCUCCAGGACGUGCGGAGGUGGGGUGGAGUUCUCCCACAGGGAGUGCACGGAUCCUGUGCCUCAGAACGGAGGGAAGUACUGCGAGGGCCAGAGGGUUCAGUACCAGUCCUGCAACAUACAGCCAUGUGACAACAGUGAAGGUAAGAGUUUCAGAGAGGAGCAGUGUGAGAAGUACAACAGCCCCAACUACCUGGACCACAAUGGGAUCAUGAAACAGUGGAUACCAAAGUAUGCCGGCGUCUCUCCACGAGACAGAUGUAAGCUGUUCUGCAGGGCCAGAGGCAGCAGUGAAUUUAAGGUGUUUGAACCCAAGGUCACCGAUGGAACAACGUGUGGCCCUGACACCACAUCCGUGUGUGUGCAAGGACAGUGUGUGAAAGCGGGCUGCGACCACGUGAUUGGAUCCAACAACAGGGUGGACAAGUGUGGAAUCUGUGGAGGAAGUGGACUCACCUGUAGAAAGAUCACAGGCUCCUACAACAAGGCAAUCUACGGAUACAGUGACAUUGUCACAAUUCCCGUAGGCGCCACUAACAUUGACAUCAAACAGCGGAGCCACAGAGGGAUCAAACACGAUGGAAACUACCUGGCUAUAAAGCGAGAAAGUGGCAGUUACAUCCUCAACGGUAACUUCUCCGUGUCCACAGUGGAGCAGGACAUUCCUGUGCUGGGUGCUGUUCUAAAGUACAGCGGCUCCUCCACCACGCUGGAGAGGAUCCAGAGCUUCAGGCAGCUGAAAGAGGCCAUCACCAUUCAACUUCUGGCCACCGCAGGGGACGCCAACCCUCCUAAGGUCAAAUACACCUUUUUCAUCCCCAAAGAUGUGACCUUCAGCAAAUCCAAGGACAAGAAGGGCUCGUCCCUGUCUUUGCACAUGAUCCAUCCAUUUGGUACGCCUGAAUGGGUGCUGGGAGAGUGGUCCGAGUGCUCCAAGAGCUGCGGCUCCGGUUGGUCCAGAAGGAUUGUUGAAUGCAGAGACAGUGAAGGAUACCUCUCCAGUCAUUGUGACAAAGACCUGAAGCCCACAGACAUCAGUCCUUGCGGGGACAUGCCAUGUCCCAUAUGGCAAAUGGGACCCUGGUCUGCCUGCUCACGAACUUGUGGACUGGGGGAGCGUCGCCGCAGUGUCCUCUGCAUAGACUACACUGGGAAGACUGUUGAUCCAGAGAAGUGUGAUCCAAACAAAUUCCCGGAGCAAGUCUCUGGAGAAUGUUUCAACCAGGACUGCUUAUGAAGCCCACAAGUACAGUGAACUUUCAUCUUUGGUCUGAGUGCACUUACCAACCAUGAAUGGAUUGUUGAGCGGGUGUCCAGGAACAAGCAUAGCGGCCUAGUUAAUCAGGAACAAAAUUACUUCAAGGAGACAUAAAACAGCCACAAAUACUAAAGGGCCACAAAUGACAAAUUUUUGGAUGUCCUGUAAAUUCUGGUAUGCCCGCGAAAUGUAAUCUGGCACCUCAUCAGAGGUCUAUUUGAGUCUCUUUCAGUCGGAGGGUCUUCCUCCUACAUAGGAGAGGCAGGGGCCUGGUAUUAUGUCUGUGUCCUAGGAUCUAAUUUCUCAUAAUCCAUCCAUGUUACCAAUUGGUUGCAAGUCACACCAUGGGCUUAAACUGAAAAUUGUUUUGUCAUGUUAUGUUGACAUUUGACAACCACUAUUGAAAUUUGAAACAAUGUAAAUCUACCUCAUGAUAUACACAUGAUGCUAUGUGUAGAUGCUAGAUGAAGGUGCAGUGUGUGUUUUCUCCAGAGUGAGAAGAAUUCAAGUCCCACUUUAAAGGAAUCCAACUUUUUGGAUGGAGCUAAUAUCUGCAGUUUGUCUUCCUCGCUUGUCUGUUACUUAACGUGGGACUAAAACAAUGGCAUGUAUCUGCUGUUAAACACACCAGCACAGUGUAAAUAUACCUCCAGUUGUCCUCCACAGAACACCACCCUAUAAAGCUUUGAUCGAGCCGUUUACCUAUCAUUGUGGUAAGUACAUAGGAUUGAAUCAUUGACAUUUUAAGCCUCUGGGAAAUGGGCUCCUGUAUGGUUUUUCUACACACAUACUGUGUUUCGCAUCAAAUAGUUGCAAUGAGGAUGUAUUUUUACCCUAAGUACUAGCAUUGUUGAGAGAUGGGCAAACCCAUUAGCUGACCAUAUGUGACAAUGUUUUGGAUUUUAGAAUGUGGUGGUUGUAUCCUAUAUGAAAACAAAAUGAUUUAGUUAUGAAUUACAUGUUUAGAAGUUAUAGAGCGUGUCAGAAUCUGAGUUUACACUCUGGUGUAAAUGUUUUAGCCUAGAUAAUGACUGGUCCUUCCUGAACAGAAGAACCCGUGACAGAGAAUUGUCCUCUGCCUUGUAGUUUAGUUAUUUUUUUCUUUCCCCUGGUGCAUCACAAUGCGCUUGAGAGGAAAGCUGGAACACACUAUUCUUCAGUCCAAUAAUUGAUUCUUUUGGGGGUAAUACCAUUAAGUUAAGUGAUAAGCAUACUACGUAUCUUGUAUAGGAAAAAUAACAUUAAUUUUAUUCCUUUUCAGACUUAUUUGUUAAUGCAUCUUAUGCAAACACUCACAGUUGUUUUCAGACUCUUGUAUGUAUAUUUGAUUCCUCAUUCCUAUUGUUAAUUUACAAUGUAUUAUUAAACAAAAAAGAUGGAGCAUUAGGCCUAUAUCCCUUCAGUGAAGGACUAUGCUAUUUUAUUAUUGCAGCUUCCUUUUUAAGCUAUUUAUUUUUGUAAAGUUUUUACUUUAGACAUGUAAUUAAUUGUCUUUGAGGUUUUUGUCUAUAAAAUGGUUGAAUAAACACAUUUAUGUCCA